AUGGAGCGACUUCUUCAAGACGGCCGUCCUUGCCAUACUGUUAAGAUCCGCAAGGAUAAGGUGGAAGACGAGCACAAGCUCAAGGGUGCCUGCCAGGCCAUCUUCCCUCCUGCAAAUAACGGAAACGUCAGUGUCGAAUUCUGUUUCGACAUCCCUGACGAUCCCGACAACAUCGAGGUCUAUUACUUGUCGUAUGAUAGUGUGAACUUGGAAGAAGAGCUGAAAAAGAAGGGAGCUGACAGCGGUCUCAAAACGGAGGAAAAUACCGAGACUAAUGUUGCUAAGAUGCCAACGGUUCUGUGGGGUUGA